AUUGUGUUCUAUUUCUAUUUAAUUUGUUUUCGAGCUGGUUCGGUGGGGGAGAGAAGAGAGUCUGAGUACCGUCGGUGCCGUGGGCUGGGCGGGGCGGCUCGAGGUCGCUGUCCACCGUCUUGGUGUUGAAUUCGUUCUGAAUCCACUCAGCGCUCCUCCCCCUCUGCUCCUGUUCCUUCAUCUUCCCUCCCCCUGGAGCGGCAUCGGCAGCGGUAGCGGUAGCAGCAGUAGCAACGGCAGGAAGCUGAGCCGCGGCCACGCACUGCAAGGUUGGGCUGGAGCUGCCGAGAGGCCCCAAGCAGCGCGGGCGGGGCCGGGGUGUGGGACGGCAGUGGCGGUGGAGAGGCCCGGAUACCGUAGCAGGGGCGGCGGCGGCGGGCGGCACGGGAAGCGGCCGGAGAUGUCUGCUAAUGUAAGAACACCAGAGGAGCCGGUGGCCACAGGAACGGAGGCGGAGGCGGGGUCGGGGCUGGAAACAGCCUCUCCUUGAGUAGCCGGGCUCCGCGGCUGCCCUGGCGGCUGGCGGCUAUGGAGCCUGAGGGACCCCGGCGUGGCUCCGAGGCUGCGGGGCUCCCGCUGCUCUUGGUGCUCCAGUCCCCGGUGCUGGUAUUGCUGUUGCUGGCGAUGCUGCUGUCGGGCCCGGAGGCCUCCCCGUUGCGAUACUCAGUGCCGGAAGAGCAGGAGCCGGGCUCGCUGGUAGGAAACUUGGCCAGUGCCUUGGGGCUGGAGCUGAGGCGGCUAGGGCCGGGCUGCCUGCGCAUUAACCACCUGGGCGCACCGAGCCCGCGAUACCUGGAGCUGGACUUAACGACUGGCAAGCUCUUCGUCAACGAACGCAUGGACCGGGAGGCACUCUGCGAGCAGCGGCCCCGCUGCCUGCUCCACUUGGAGGUGCUGGCCCACAGCCCUGUGGCGGUGAGUGCGGUGGAGGUGGAGGUGCUGGACAUCAACGACAACUCGCCUCGCUUUCCGCGGUCGGAUUACCAGCUGGAGGUGAGUGAAUCGGUUGCUCCGGGGACGCGCUUCCAUAUCGAGAGCGCGCAGGACCCGGACGUGGGGACCAACUCGGUGCAGAGCUAUCAACUGAGCCCCAAUGAGCAUUUCGCCCUGGACCUCAAGCCCCUUCAGGAGAACAGUAAGGUAUUGGAGUUGGUGCUGCGCAAGGGCCUAGACCGAGAGCAGGCUACUUUGCAUCGCCUGGUCCUCACUGCCGUGGACGGGGGCAGCCCACCACGUUCGGGCACUGCACAGAUAUUCGUGAAUGUCUUGGACACCAACGACAACUCUCCCGCCUUUGACCAAUCUACUUAUCGUGUUCAGCUGAGGGAGGACUCGCCCCCAGGAACCCUGGUGGUGAAGCUAAAUGCAUCGGAUCCAGACGAGGGCUCCAAUGGCGAACUGGUUUACUCCUUCAGCAGCUACACUUCUGAAAGGGAGAGGCAACUCUUCAGUAUCAACCCAGGGACUGGCGAGGUAAGAGUGAGUGGGACCCUAGACUAUGAAGAGGCCUCUUCCUAUCAGAUCUAUGUGCAGGCCACUGACCGAGGUCCUGUACCCAUGGCUGGCCACUGCAAGGUACUGGUGGACAUCGUGGAUGUGAAUGACAACGCCCCUGAGGUGGUGGUCACUGAUCUGUAUAGCCCAGUGUCUGAGGAUGCCAUGAUUAGCACAGUGGUCGCUUUUAUGAGUGUCAAUGACCAGGACUCUGGCUCCAACCAGAGGGUGAGUCUCAGCCUCCCUGCUUCUCUGCCUUUCCGACUCAAUGGGCUUGGAAACUCCUAUUCCUUGGAGGUGAGUGGUCCACUAGACAGGGAGAGAGUGGCUGCUUACAACAUCACAGUGACAGCCUCUGAUGCAGGGACCCCUCGGCUUACCUCGCAACAGACUAUCCGGGUGGAAAUCUCUGACAUCAAUGACAACCCCCCUCGUUUCCAGGAAGCUGCAUAUUCAGUCUAUGUCCCUGAAAACAAUCUCCCAGGGUCGCUGCUAUGCACCGUGCAAGCCACGGACCUAGAUGCCAACAAGAAUGCUGAAGUAACCUAUUCCCUUUUGGAGAGGGAAAUCCAAGGGCUGCCUGUCACUGCCUAUGUAUCCAUAAAUGAAGUAACUGGUAACAUCUAUGCAGUCAGCUCCUUUGAUUAUGAGAAGUUGCGGGAGUUUGAUGUGAUCGUGGAGGCCCAGGAUAAGGGGAGUCCUCCAUUGAGCAGUACAGUCACUGCCAAUAUAUAUGUAGUGGAUGCCAAUGAUCAUGCUCCACAGAUCUUGUACCCUACCUCAACCAAUUCAUCAGUGGCCAUGGAGAUGAUUCCCAGAACAGCUGCAGCUGGCUACUUGGUCACUAAGGUAAUAGCCAUGGACUCAGACUCAGGGCAAAAUGCUUGGCUCUUCUACUACUUAGCCCAGGCCUCUGACCCUGACCUUUUCAAAGUGGAGCUCCACACAGGAGAAAUAAGGACUACCCGGAAACUGGGUGAUGAGAGUAUGUCUGCUUUCAAUCUGACAGUUCUGGUCAGGGACAAUGGACAGCCAUCCCUGUCUGCCUCAGUGAUUAUUACAGUUGCUGUAGUGGACAGGGUUUCAAAAAUACUCCCUGACACCAGAAGACAUGUAAAGAAUACUCGGACAUAUUCAGAGAUAACACUUUAUCUCAUUAUUGCACUGAGCACAGUUUCAUUUAUAUUCCUGUUGACAAUCAUUGUUUUGACUAUCAUCAAAUGCUAUCAUUACACUGUAUAUGGCACCUCAUGCUGUGGGGGCUUCUGUGGGGUCAGGGAGAGGUGUCCUGCAGAACUCUACAAACAAGCUAACAACAACAUUGAUGCAAGGAUCCCACAUGGUUUGAAAGUUCAGCCUCACUUUAUUGAGGUUCGGGGGAAUGGCUCCCUUACUAAGACCUACUGCUACAAGGCCUGUCUAACAGCAGGCUCAGGAAGUGACACAUUCAUGUUUUACAAUACAGGGGCCCAGACUGGCCCUGGGCCACAUGCAGUGGUGACUGACAGCAGACAUCUGACUGGUCAAAGUGGGCAGAGUGCACAGAACCUGAUCAUUCUUAAAAAUGAGUCCACUACUCCCAAUGAGCCAAAACAACCCAACCCUGACUGGCGUUACUCUGCAUCUCUGAGAGCAGGAAUGCACAGUUCUGUGCACCUGGAGGAAGCAGGCAUCCUUCGAGCAGGGCCAGGAGGGCCUGAUCAACAGUGGCCAACAGUGUCCAGUGCAACACCUGAACCAGAGGCAGGAGAAGUGUCCCCCCCUGUAGGAGCUGGUGUCAACAGCAACAGCUGGACCUUUAAAUACGGACCUGGCAACCCCAAGCAACCUGGCCCUGGUGAGUUGCCAGACAAAUUCAUUAUCCCGGGAUCUCCUGCAAUCAUCUCCAUCCGGCAGGAGCCACCCAACAGCCAAAUUGACAAAAGUGACUUCAUAACCUUUGGGAAAAAGGAGGAGACCAAGAAGAAGAAGAAAAAGAAGAAGGGCAACAAGACCCAAGAGAAAAAAGAGAAAGGGAACAGCACCACUGACAACAGUGACCAGUGAGGGAUCCAAUGGAACAAAGCCACUUAGCCAGUUUUGUAAUAAUGGCAAAUCUCUCUUAUGUAGCAACUCCUGCCUCUUUCCUCCUGUCCACACCAGUCCCAUCUGUCCAGAUCUCACAAAUCAACAGAAAGUUCCCGGUGUCUGUCUAGCUCACAUAUAACAGGUUUUGUCUUAAAAGCUUUACUCAGUCUGAUGUUAACUCUUUCUCUCCACUCUGGCUUGUUUUCAGAACCUAAAAAGCAGACCCAAGUUUCCUUUCUCCUCCGCCGCAAAGGAGAGGCCUCCCAGCCCCACCCGUGAGAGGUUGGACUCUCAGCCUUGUGCUCCCGGAAUCCUGUCUUGAUGGCACUUACAGGGGAGGCUGAAAGGUUUUCAGACUGGGCAGUCUGGGCCUUACUUUUGAUGUGUGCCUGUGCAUGUAGGGGUGGGGGUGGGGUGUCGUGGAGGUAUGCGGGUGUGUAUGUGUGUAAAGAAGUCACUGAGGGAAGGCAAAAUUAGGUUACUUAGUGCAAGAAGAGGUAGAAAUGUGAAGAAACAAAACCAAUGAGUAGUUCUGAACCUUUUAGGCCAGAGAGGAAACCUGAGGAAAAAAGUGACUAGAUUUUCCAAACUUAGUGUGGGAUAGGUAAGGAAUGACAGGAGGUGGUACCCAUUCUCCAAACAAAACUGUAUUCUGCCCCCUUGACCAUUAGCCUAUUUAUACAUUAUUCAGGGUCCUGGAAAAAAAUUGGCUAUGAUGUCUUUCUAAAACCUUCAUUAUGCUGGAAAAACAGUUCCUUAGACUCUAACAGGAGGCCAGUCAGGUGGACAUGUUGGGAAAGUGAGUGGCUUGGAUGCUGUUUCCUGUAUGUCCUUGUCCUCACUCUGUUAAACAUUCUUUUUGCACACAAUGUCUCUGAAAAGGCCAGAUCCUUUUCCCAUAAUACAUAUGCAAAAGGGAAAGAAAAAACCCCAACACCUCACUUUAUCUAUGCUAUUGUUAUUUGAUAGAUUUAUUUAAAAAUGAAAGUAUAGAUGUAAAUGUUGAAAAACAAAUAUGAUAAAUAUGAUUCCCCUUUACCCCCAAAAGAGAAUUAAAUCUACAGCCAUUAGAAACAAUCAUUGCUGCUACUGAAGUGCUUUAGAGAAAUUGCCUGAAACAUCUGUAUUAUAUCGGCCACCUGCCAAUCACAGCUUUACUCUAUCAGGUCACUCUGGGACUGCCUCUUGCAUGUAUUCGUUACUAAACCCAAGGAUCCCCAUCCUUUUAAAAAAUGUUUUUAUGUGCACUUUGAUUACACAAUCUUCUUCAAUCAACUGUCCUAAGACUCAAAAAUAAAAGAUAGUUGUUGUUUUCUCAGACAUACAGAACACACUUACAGAUCCUGUAAUUCUGUGAAUUGUCGGUGCGCUAGCUUACCACCUUCCCUUUGGUUUUGUUUCCCUUUUUUCUAUGACACUCUGAAUUGCUGCCCUUACUACUACUAUUCAUGAUGUAAAAUCCAACUACUGUAUGUAUGCUGUAUGCUCUUAUAAAAAUCCUGAAAUAUACUUACUCUGUGCUUGUGUAUGUGAAUGUCAAUGCAAUUAUUACCUAGAGUGGAUUUUAAGCUUUAUUGUUGAAUGUAACCCAUUGCAUUUCUUUUUUGUACACUUGUGAAAAAAGUGGAAUAGUGUUAAUUUGUUUUGAAAAAAAAACACCACUGUUAAUCAGCUUUUGUGUAUGAAAGACACAGUAAAAUAUCUUUCUUAAAUUGAGAUACUGGUGAUUCAAAGAAUUUUAUUUAUGAUCAGCCAAAAGCCCUUCACUGUCUUUUGCCAGGUCCAGCUGUUGAGGGAUUGGAUGAAGCUGCUUUUAAAAAGUAACAUUUUGGGAAGGAAUUCAGAAGAUAAUUCCCUGUGGGUGUGUGAGCACACAACCAAACAGCUUGUGACCUCUGUGAAUACUGAGUUUUUAAGGCUUUCUAUCAUAUCUUCUCAUAAAGAAUAAUAAAAAUUAACAUCAUUCCAGCUAGAAUAUUUUGUUUAUAGAAAUGUGCGAAUUAGAUGUUUGAUCAAUUAUUUUUGCUCUACAACUCAUUGAUCUGAACAAGAAAGAUAGGAAUCUGUUAUGAAGCUUUCCAUACCCACGAAGAAUUAUUUUCUGUUCAUGAUUGAGCUUUGAUUCUCCCAUAUUUUGAAGGGUGUGUAAAUUCAGCUCUGUAGGUUUGCAUGGGGUACAACAGGUUGCCAGCACAUACAAGUCAUGGCUACAUUCUAGGUUCUGACAACUUUGCCCCACUCAACCCCAUGUACUUGACCUUAUGUGCCUUCUGAAUAACAGGAGAAUUGGGCUAAUUUGUUAAUGAUAAGAAUGAGGAUAAAUCUGUGCAGCACUUUUUAUAUUGGUAAAGUGCUUUCCAAU